ACUGUCGAAGACGGGUCCGGGGGAUGGUUUGUUUGACACACGGGACUGAGAUCAAGGGAAGAAAAAAGAAUUUUGAUCGGCUUCAUGAGUUUUUAAAUUGAUUUUAAUUAUUUGAAAGGAUAUUUGAUAGCCGCAAACAAAUAUUGAAGAGAAAUGUUGUAAUAGGCAUACUUACAAGAGUAUACGUAUGAAUAAUAAUUAUAAGUGCACCUGUAUCCCAUGACUGUUCAAGCACAGCACCUACUUGCAUCAGUGGGAAAUAAUUGCAGUUUUUAUGCACACAUCCCCACAUGUUGGGACUUAGCGACAUCCUUGUUAAAAAAUUAUCCAAGUUUCUCAGCUGUGUCCCAGCGUGCUGGAGAUUGUCAUUCAUCAUUAUCAUAACAGCUUCAGCAUUCCUUCUUCUCAGCAAAAGAAUGGCCUGUGAUUUUCAGUUUCAAGGUAAGUGACUAUCCUCUUUUUGGUCUUCAAUCAGAAAUUUUAUUCACCCAUUUUUAUCCCUUGAGAGGCUUUCACGUGGCCAGGAGAUUGCAGGAAUUAAUUAUUUUCCUUCCGGAAAGGCCUAAACAAUGGUCAAUUUUAAUGCUGAGGUUCUAAGACUGAUUUUUGGACUCUUCUACUUGUAAGGCCGAAAAAAUACUUUUCUAAAUGGUUCCAUCUUGAAAGGGUUCCCUCCUUAACCUCCAGUAGAUAUUAACAAAUAUUACUAAUUUUUAACCGUAUUCCUUUUAUUUUACAUGUGGGAGUCAUCACAAAACUGGAGCUUCAUCAUCUUCAAAAUAUGUUUGUGACAUAGGGCUUGAACAUGGAAAUUUCUUAGCCAUCUUUUGAUAUUUCAACCCAAGUGCCCGAAUUCAUCACCUCUGUUAAGCUAAAUAUCUCUGGAGUCACUCCAUAUUGUCCAGUUUCCUGAGUGACUACACCUGGUGAUGCACUUUGGAGAGGCAAGUUGACACAUUUCUACUUUUUAACUGCUCUCUCCUCUGAUGCUGUGGUACCGCACCCACCUCAUAACAGAAUUAAGCCAGAGUUGACAAAAGCUCUUCGUAUUUAAGAGGAAUUCCAAAGGUUGGAUUAUGUUGCAACACGAAUUUACUACUACCGAAAGUUCCAGUACACGUUAAGGAAACUUAACUGCCCCACAGCAAUCUUAUACCACAGUCUACAGAAAACGGACGAAAUCCAACUGCUGGAUCCAAGAUGAAUGGGGCUACUUACUUUUGACAUCAAAAAAGAAGAAACGCGUUCUUUACCUUAGAUGUUUAAACAGUUACAAAACAAAAGGGAAUUGCCCGGGGCGUGCGAUUUUAAAGGAAGGAGCUUCUUCCUUAGAAUUGACUUGUCAACACAACUGCCAGCAGAAACCUGAGCUGCAUUCAAUUCUUCAGGCAAAAGAGGAUAUGUUCGCCCUAUCAACACACCAUCCAGGGCUUCGGCCUAAAGCCGUGUACAGGAAAGUUAGUAGGAGGUAUCCUACAUCAGUUAUGGGCCAUGUACCUUUUGUAGACGUGGAACCAACAAUAAAAAAAAGAAAAGUGGAAAAUGUUCCCACAUUACCAAACUCUUUCCAAGAACUAGAAGAGAAACUGCGUACAACGUCUUACGGGAAAACGUGGGAUGGAAAGCCGUUUUACCGAGAGAUACAAACAGGAUUCUCAACGACAGGAACAGUCUCCUUCACGAAUGUACUUUUUCAUGGGGAAAAUAGCCAGAAAUUCCUGAAAUACCCAAAGAUUAUCCUACUUGAUGCCACAUUUAAGAUAGUGCCAGCCUCGCUCCACUUUUACCAGUUACUGACAGUGACGGUAAUUGACAAUGGACUUGGCAUUCCUGUUUUAUUUGUUUUGAUGACAAAGAAAUCUCAAAAGGCAUACGAGCCAAUCAUUGAUUACGUUAAGCAUAAGUUAUGUCUGAAGCCUAAAAUUUUUUUAACGGACUCGGAGCUAGCGAUCAGCAACUCUUUGCGGAGCAGGUUCCCUGAAGUUCAGCAAGUGUCGUGCUACUUCCACUAUGCUCAUGCUGUUACAAUACAGUGCUUGCAGCUUAACCUUAGACCUCUGGCACGUGACGGAAAAGGUUCCAAAAUUUUUGGUUACAUACUCGCCCUGCCCCUUCUCCCAGCUGGAUUAAUUAUGGACGGUUAUGAAGUUAUUGAAAAUUUGAUCAAAGAGCUUGCCAAGGAGGAUAGUCUAGAAGAAGAAGUACAAAUACUUUCUGAAGAAGAUGAUCCUCAUCAAGAUCUUGAUUGUGUUGAAGAAAUUCUUAUCCUUGAUGACGUAGAUGAGGCCAGGGAGGAAGAAAAUGUGUCCAGAGUGGAAGAAAAUGAAAGCAGAGAAGAAGAAAAUGAGGCCAUGGAGAAGGAAAAUGAGGCCACGGAGAAAGAAAAUGAGACGACGGAGAAAGAAAAAGCCCUCAAAACUCGAGAGGGUCCAAAUUUGCUGGAUUUCCAAAAGCUUCUGUGCCAUGUUUUCUAUGAUUGGAUUGUCCGUGUUGGGGUCAAGAGUUUGUCCGUCUAUCGCCAACCUCUGAGGACCACCAACUUUAUAGAAAGUUUUCAUAGUACCUUAAUGGAGCGUCAUCCCAGUUUUUGGAAUUUUAUUGAAUUAUUGAAAGACAUAGUCAAGGAAGCCGAUGCAAACAUGCUUUCAUCGGAAAUUGGGAAAACUCCGAAAAGGCCUCCAAAGGAAGGCUACGUCUUCAACCGGUUAAGGCAGCAAAGGAAUGAAAAGGAAUUAGCCUUGGGACUAAUUACCAUUUCGGAAUUCCUCAACAGGGGGAAGUACCAACUUUCCAAAUUAACGAACACGCUUUUCGCCAGUUACCGCAAAAAGGAUGUAAAAGACCCUCUUAACUACCAGUCGCAGGAUAGAUCGAGCAGAGCACCCAAUGGUGUAAAUGACGCCCGGUGUAUAAUCUGCAACAAAGAAGUAUUUGGAUGUUGCCAGAAUGACAAAUGUCAGCACUUCCUGUGCUUUGAACACUUCUUGCAAGAAAACAAGAAUGGAUGCUCUCAUCCGCACAAUACGGCUUUAUUUGGACCCUCGUCUAAGCAACCCUCGUCGAAACAGCCCUCUUGUAAAGAACCCUCGUCGAAACAACCCUCGUGUAAAGAACCCUCUUCGAAACAACCCUCGACUGAACAACCCUGUUCCAAACAAACCUUGUCGAAACAAGUGAAACCCACUUUGGUAUCGGGUACAAAAGGGCCCAAGAUUACGGUGAGGAUCCCACUUGCACCUCCGUCAUCGAGAAUUCGACUUGUGACCAAACCAAAUGAUACCAUAAUAACUGAUCCUCAAGCAGAACUAGAGGAAUUAUGGAAGGAAUAUUCCCACGAAAGCGAAGAAAGACCCAAAGAUGACACGAUGAAUCAAAUUAAAGAACAACAGCAGAUUGAAGAAGAGGCCCACCAAAGGGCCCAAAUUCUGUUCUUUGGCGCUCCGGAGUUGGACCCGGACAGUCUAAGAAAUCUAUAUGUCCAGAUAAGAGACACUGGACACGUAACAUCUUUUGAACUUGACCUGGCAGAGGAUUUGUUAUCGUUAAGCAGUUACUCCUCGGACAUCAGGCAUAAUGCUUCUGCAUUGCUUGGUGGCCUUGGCUUUCUUGUCGUGGCAAGAAUGUCUAAUGAGGAGUCUGUGAUCAUCAUUGCGACAUGCGUUGUCAAUUUUUUGAGAAGAAAAAUUGACAAACAGUUUAAUGGGAUGUAAGAUGUCAGCAAUUUCAACACUUUUUUCAAUUAAUGAGGUUUGAUUUGAACAACAUAAUGAGCAAGAAGUUGAAUGUAUUGCAUAAAAUGACAAAUAGUUCGUGAAUACUCGCAUUUAGGCAAUAAUAUUGUCAAGAGGAAUAUGUUGAAUAAACGCCAGAAGAUAGAAAUAAAAAUCUAAUAAAAUUCAACUUAUCAUAACUUUAUUGUGGUAAUCAAACAUUGGUUUCACUUGUAGCGUUCAUUACAAUACGAGGUAAAUUGGGCAAAUCAGCCUUAGAAUACAAGAAAAAUAUUCUUACCAAGUAAGAAACUAGUAUUGAAAAAAGUUUGUAUGUGAAUGAGAACCAAGGUGUUGUGUUUAUUUUUCUCUUUUACAGUAAUUCAUCAGUCUGUUUGACAGUUGUAUUUUAUAUUUUAUAUUAUAUUUAUGUAUAUUGUAAACUAUGUAAUAAACUUAAUCAAACAAUUAAAAAAAAUAAAUUAAAAAAAAAAAACCCUGAUCAGUUCAACCGUGUCGAAAAAUUACGAAUGUUUUCCCUUUUUGUCAGGAUUUAUUUUUUCCUAUAGGUACGUCAUGCUUAUAUUCCUCUUUCAAUAAUUGUGCUUUCUGAUAGCACAGCUGAGAGUACGCAAAAUCAAACAGCUUUAAUAGUACUCAACAUUGUUUUUGUAGACUGAAGUAAAAUUGUUCAGCCCCUUUUGAAGAUGUGAAUUAUUUGAAAAUUUUCUAAAUUAAUUUUGAUAUUUUUAAUUCAAUGUGCCAUGCGUAUGUCGUAUAUCGAUCGUUUGUCAAGUUUUACAAUCCUUCAAUUUAUUUCGUGAAGUAGGUACUUAUAAUCAGCUCGGGAGCUUACCUCAAUUCUUUGAUUUCCACCUGUUAAAUUCAUUAAUUGACUCACUAUCAUUUGUAUAUGACAAA